UCUCCCGGCUUCCGCAGUCCAAGGGCUAGUCACGUGCUAGAUCGUCACAUGAUCCGCUCUCUGUCAGUUUGAGACUGCAACAGCCGGUUCCCUCUUGGUUACGCGUCGGCCUAAGAUUGUACUGGGCCAGGGACUUUUCCUGUCUCCUUUGCUCCAGGGCAAAGCUUACACUCACGCCCCCAGACCUCGGCCUACCGCACGGCCAGGACCCGAUCUGACUCAUUAAUUAUUGAAGAUCUAUUAAAAAAAUUCAAGACCACAAAUUUAGAUGACCAAAAUGGAUAUUCGAGGUGCUGUGGAUGCUGCUGUCCCAACAAACAUCAUUGCUGCAAAGGCUGCAGAAGUUCGGGCCAACAAAGUAAACUGGCAGUCUUAUCUUCAGGGACAGAUGAUUUCAGGUGAAGAUUGUGAAUUUAUCCAAAGGUUUGAGAUGAAAAGAAGUCCAGAAGAGAUGCAAGAAAUGCUUCAAACUGAAGGCAGCCAGUGUGCCAAAACAUUUAUAAACUUAAUGACUCACAUCUCCAAAGAACAGACAGUUCAAUACAUACUAACCCUGGUUGAUGAUAUGCUUCAGGAAAAUCACCAACGUGUUAGCAUUUUCUUUGAUUAUGCUAAACGUAGUAAGACUACAGCAUGGUCCUACUUUCUGCCAAUGUUGAAUCGCCAGGAUCUUUUCACUGUCCACAUGGCAGCAAGAAUUAUUGCCAAAUUGGCAGUAUGGGGAAAAGAAUUGAUGGAAGGCAGUGACUUAAAUUAUUAUUUCAACUGGAUAAAAACUCAGCUGAGUUCACAGAAACUGUUGGGUAGCAGUAUUGCUCUUGACGCAGGAACAACAGGCGGUGCAAAUGAGAGUUCCCAGUACGUGCAGUGUGUUGCUGGAUGUCUUCAGUUGAUGCUGCGUGUUAAUGAAUAUCGCUUUGCUUGGGUAGAAGCUGAUGGAGUCAACUGUAUAAUGGGAGUUUUGAGUAACAAAUGUGGCUUCCAACUCCAGUAUCAAAUGAUUUUCUCAAUAUGGCUACUGGCAUUUAGCCCUCAAAUGUGUGAACAUCUUCGUUGCUAUAACAUCAUUCCUGUUCUGUCUGAUAUCCUUCAAGAAUCUGUUAAAGAGAAAGUAACUAGAAUCAUUCUUGCAGCAUUCCGGAACCUUUUAGAAAAAUCAACUGAAAAGGAAACUCGCCAAGAAUAUGCCCUGGCUAUGAUUCAGUGCAAAGUUCUGAAGCAGUUGGAGAACUUGGAUCAGCAAAAGUAUGAUGACGAAGAUAUCAGUGAAGAUAUAAAAUUUCUUUUAAACAAACUUGGUGAAAGUGUUCAGGAUCUUAGCUCAUUUGAUGAAUACAGUUCAGAACUCAAGUCAGGAAGGCUGGAAUGGAGCCCUGUUCACAAAUCAGAGAAGUUUUGGAGGGAGAAUGCUAUAAGAUUAAAUGAAAAGAACUAUGAGCUAUUGAAAAUCUUGACAAAGCUUCUGGAGGUGUCAGAUGAUCCACAGGUCUUAGCUGUUGCUGCACAUGAUGUAGGAGAAUAUGUAAGACAUUACCCACGAGGCAAAAGGGUUAUUGAGCAACUUGGUGGGAAGCAGCUGGUAAUGAACCAUAUGCAUCAUGAAGACCAGCAGGUUCGCUAUAAUGCUCUUCUGGCUGUGCAGAAGUUAAUGGUUCACAACUGCAUCUCACUAUGCCAAUAUGUUGGCUCUAAUAAGGGGACGACUUCUGAUACUUCGUUUGGAAUAUCUUGGUAAACAACUACAGUCAGAACAACCUCAAACAGCUACAGCAAGAAGUUGAGUUGAUGUCCAUUUUCAAAAUUUCCAACUCUCCAUAUAAUAGCAUAACGAGAAUAAAUCUAAAUAUUUAGAUUCAAGAGUAAAUGAUUUUAUUUGUAAUAUUCACUCCUGUUACACCAACAUUUUUUUUCCUUUCCAAUUUUUUUUUCUUCUUAUGCUGUCUUCUGGUGAAAGUGAUUAUCUCUUAAGUUGUAUCAUUUGAAUAAUUUUUAACAAUUGCCUUUUAAAAAGCUAGACUUUUCCUAUAUCUACAAAAAUAUAACAGUUACAUGUAUUGCCUUUGUUUUCUAUAUUUAUUGUGGUCUUAAAAUGAAUAUAGCUAUUAAAAGAUAUACAUUCCAGAGUA